CAACUGUGCAGCUGUCAGGAACCAUGACUGAAGAUGACCGAUUCGGUUGUCGUGGAGGGAUACGCCAGACUCAAAGACGGAAAAAAGUGGAAAACUAGGUGGAUCGUUCUUCGAAAGCCAUCGCCUGUAGCAGAUUGCCUCGUGUUGCUGGUUUUCAAAGACAAGUCGGACAAAGUCGACAGGAACAAGGAGCGCGCCAGCGUCACUCUGGAGGAGAUCUGCGGCCUUGAAAGCGGUCGGUGGUGCGAGGGCGCGUCCUUCACGCUGGCAAUUAUCUGCCUGACCCAGGCGGCUCUCCUGGGUUUCGACAACAAGGAGACUCUGCAGGCGUGGGAAGUCCGUCUGCGCUACAGCCUUGGAGAAGUUCACAGGUUCGGCGUCGGAGUCUUGGCGGGGACGAAGUUAGAAAGCGGACCAGCGACCCUCCACUUGUGCAACAACUUGCUAGCUCUCGUCCGGGACGCACCCCCCGUCGUCGUGGGCCACUGGAACCUUCCGGACCUGCGCAGAUAUGGGCCCGUACCAAAUGGAUUUGUAUUUGAGGGAGGAACACGCUGUGGUUACUGGGCUGGCGUUUUCCUGCUCACAUCUUCCGAGAGCGAGCAGAUAAGCUUUUUGUUUGACUGCAUUGUCCGAGGCGUCUCCCCUACCAAGGGCCCCUUCGGCCUGCAGCCCAUCCUGCCAGAUCCUAGCACCAGUCAGACCAAUUCUGAGGAGAGGCUGAACCAUGAGACGCGGGAACUGGAAAAGCGACUGAGUAUGCUCUCCAAUCGGAACAGCACAGCAUCGUCCAUGUACUGCGCGUCCCCUGGGGGCGACGACCGGAGCAUAUCUGGUUCCUCAGACACCUCAGACACUAGCCAAUCGGACGGCAGCGUUUCCAGCCGUUUAGCCAUUUGGACCGAAUCUGGCAGCAACCCCGUGGACAACAACGUUGUGGGCACCAAAGUGGCAAGUGUGGAAAAGCAGUUGGCCGACCAGGACUGCGGGAGUGGUUCGAGAGUCAAAGACCCUAGGCAGCUACAGGAAAUCGGUCGCCAGAGCUCCUUAGACAGCGGUAUUGCCACCGGUAGCCAUUCCUCUUACUCUGGAAGUUUCUCCUCAUACACAGGAAGUCUGGACAUUAGCGGUGGUGAUGACUUUGGGUCAGUUUUUAGCCUGCCUCCCCACUUGGCUCAAGACCUGAGCCCUUGUUCUUGCCCCAAUGUUUCAGGACACGAGUACAAAGUACCAACCUCCCUUAGGUAUGUGUACGAUACUCCCAAGAGUCUGGUACAGGAGUACCCUUGUUUAGCUAAGGACUCUCCUGACCCUGAAACCAAGGCUUUAAAAGGGGGAUCUGAGGGUCACCUCAAAACCACAGCAAGCUCACACAGCAGAAAAACAAGGGGGACAGCCUCUAGUGAGAGCCCAGAGUCCUGCACAACCAAAACCAUAGUGACCAUCUGCUCUGUAUGCGGUGGACUUCAGGGGACGACCCUUAACCCUGCAAGUGGUGCGGCGAAUCCCACGUUACCAGACAAAAGGCCCAGUGGCAGAGAGGAGCGGCGCAAAGCUGAUCCUGCUUAUGAGAUCAUGGAGAGCCGAGCAACAGAGAGAAACUCAGAGGUGGACGACAAACGCAAGUACGAACUGAUGCUCGGCUGCGGUCCGCAAAAGUUGCUCCAAGAGACGGAAGGGGCACCGUUGGCAUACCCCUCGGAGGCUUCACUCGCCGAAAGGCCUCGCGGCGACGGCGUGACGUACGUCAAUAUUCCAGUGAGUCCCACAUCCAAGAAGCAGCUCAACUACAUGGAGCUGGAACUGCAGGAACCUGGCACCCGGGGAACUGUUGUACCGGUGCCUGCACAGAGUAAAGGGAAGGGUUCAAGCAAAUACGCCCAGAUUGACAUCACUGCCACAGAGACCGCUCACAAGGUGGGUACCCAGCAUGCUCUGGGUCGCCAGGAGGGCCUGCAUACUCUGGAGCGGAGAAGGAAGGGGACGCCGCAUUGACCUCAAGGACCAGACAAGCAAACAGCAAAAAAGCCUCAUUUUACAAGUACUGCUGUUUUCAGAAUUUGGAGUCGAGAGUUUGUACUAUUAUUCCUAAUACUGUGUGCAGAUGUAAUCAUUUCUACUUAAAAUAAUCUAAAAUUGUUUUUUUUUUUUUUAUAUCUGUAAAUAGAUCAUAUUCCUGUGAUAUUGAUGUGGUUUGCUAAACAUAACCCCUCCAUACAUGUACAGUACAAUACAGUACAUCUAUGAGCGAAAUACAAGGCUGCCAUUUCUUGUUUUGUAAAAUGAUGAUUUUUAACGACACCGCUGCUUCCUCCUGUACGUGUUCCAUCUUUCACCCUCGUGAACAUCACCUGGAUACAAAA